AGCACAAACACUGCAAGCAACAAAAGCAAACACCAGGGAGAAGAAGAAGAACAUCAUGUCCUCCAACGGCAUGGGGUCCCGCCUGGCCCUGGUCAUCGUCUGCUCCGUCCUCCUCUCGUUGAUCGGCACGUCGGCGGCGACGGGGAAAACCGGCCGGAUCACGGUGUACUGGGGCCAGACCUCCAACGAGGGGUCACUCCGCAAGGCCUGCGAGAGCAAGCUCUACUCCACCGUCAUCCUCUCCUUCCUCAACAACUUCGGCAGCGGCAAGUACGGGCUCAACCUCGCCGGCCACUCCUGGGCCGCCGUUGGGCCGGACGUCAAGUACUGCCAGUCCAAGAAGGUCCUCGUCCUGCUCGCCAUUGGCGGCGGCAUCGGCAAGUACUCCCUCGCAUCUAAGGCCGACGCCAAGGCCGUCGCCAAGCACCUCUGGGACUACUACCUCGGGGGCAAAUCCCGCUCCCGACCGUUCGGCACCGCCGUGCUGGACGGCGUCGACUUCGACAUCGAGCUCGGGAGCCGCGCCCACUACGACGACCUCGCCAGGUACCUCAAGGGAUACAGCAAGAAGGUGUUCGUCACGGCGGCGCCGCAGUGCCCGUUCCCGGACAGGAUGCUGGGGCAGGCGCUCCGGACGGGGCUCUUCGACCGGGUUCACGUCCAGUUCUACAACAACCCCGUCUGCAGCUACAGGGCCAGCAACGUGGCGGGGUUCAAGGCAGCGUGGAGCAAGUGGACGAGGAGCCUGCCGCGGAGCUCCGUCUACCUCGGCCUGCCGGCGGCACGGGGGGCGGCGGGCAGCGGCUACGUGGACCCGACAACGCUGGUGAACAAGGUGCUGCCCAUCGUGAGGCGGUCCAGGAACUAUGGAGGGAUCAUGCUGUGGAGCAGGUACUACGACAUCCAGACCGGGUACAGCAAGCGCGUCAAGAGUGCCGUCUGAUCGAUGUUCCAGUUCCAGUGAUCGAUUAUGAAGAACGGAUCCCCUACGUGGAGUGCCCUUGCAUGCUGUCAGCAUGCAUACACCGCUGAUGUGAUUACGUAUAGCUUUUAUGUGGUGGGAAGUUGUAUGUGUAUAGCUACUCUUAAGUAUAUGUAUGUGUAUGAAUAUUGUGGAAUAAAGGGGCAUCUAGCUAACUUAUGUGUUUA